AUGUCUUUAGCACCAUUACAAGCUGUCAAUGAAAGACAAUUGAAUACCCGUUCUUUAAAGACGCCAACAAAGGGUCCUCAUGUAGACAUACAAAAUAAAGAAAAUUAUAUCAAUAGUUACAAUAAAAGACAGGAUCCAAAUGGUUACCAACAACAUCAACAACUACAACCACAACAACCACAACAAAGAAAAAAGAAAGAAAAAUUAUCCGCCCUUUGUAAAACACCACCAUCUUUGAUAAAAACCAGAGGUCGUGAUUAUCAUAGAGGGCAUUUUCUAGGGGAAGGUGGGUUUGCUCGUUGUUUUCAGAUGAAGGAUGAUAGUGGGAAGAUAUAUGCUGCCAAAACAGUUGCUAAGAUCUCAAUUAAAUCUGAGAAGACAAGGAAGAAAUUGUUAUCAGAGAUUCAAAUUCAUAAAAGUAUGAAACAUAUGAAUAUUGUGCAAUUUAUUGAUUGUUUUGAAGAUGACACAAAUGUUUAUAUACUUUUAGAAAUAUGUCCAAAUGGGUCAUUGAUGGAAUUGUUAAAGGCAAGAAGACACAUCACUGAGCCUGAAGCGAGAUUUUUUAUAACACAAAUUUGUGGUGCUGUUAAAUAUAUGCAUUCAAGAAGAGUUAUUCAUAGAGAUUUAAAAUUGGGAAAUAUUUUUUUCGAUAAGGAUUAUAAUUUAAAAAUUGGUGAUUUUGGUUUAGCCGCUGUAUUGGCGAAUGAUAGAGAAAGAAAAUAUACUGUUUGUGGUACACCCAAUUAUAUUGCCCCUGAGGUGCUUUUAGGGAAACAUUCAGGUCAUUCAUUUGAGGUAGAUAUUUGGUCAAUUGGUGUGAUGCUCUAUGCUUUGUUAGUUGGUAAACCACCUUUUCAGUCUAAAGAUGUCAAUACUAUUUAUGAAAGGAUUAAAAACAGAGAUUUCCAUUUUCCAGCAGAAAAAUAUGUGUCUGCAGAAGCAAAAAUUUUAAUCCAAGAUAUUUUAUCUAUUGAUCCAAUAGAAAGACCUUCUAUUGAUGAAAUAAUAGAGUAUGUAUGGUUUAGGGGAAUUUUUCCACCUUCUACUAGAGAAAAUGUGAUGGAGAGGAGACCUAAUUAUGAAGAUAUUCUAACUCUAGAAGAAUCAUAUGUAAAUUUCAGAAAUUGCAUGGAAAAAUCGGGUUUGUUGGAUAGAAACCUAAAUGAAAAUUGGAAAAAACAUGCUAUUCAACAAUUAACAGAUGAACAAUCCUAUAAUCAAAAUUCUCAAACCACCAUCCUGCCCAAAUCACUAUCGCCAGGUGGAACAAAGAAUAAAUACCAAGAGGUUGUUGACUUAGAGACUCAAAGAAGAUUGAAUGAUUUAGCUCGUGAAUCAAGGUUACGUAGAGCACAACAAUAUACAAUUAGAAAGAGCUUAGUAGCCAGUUCUACAAAUGUGAUUAAUUCGGAAAUUUCAUUGAGAAUUUUAGCCAGUGAAUGUCAUUUAACAUUGAAUGGUAUAUUAGAAGCAGAAGCACAGAAAAAGAUGGGUGGUUUACCCCAGUCUAGACUCCCUGAAAUCAAACAUCCGAUGAUUGUGACUAAAUGGGUGGAUUAUUCUAAUAAACACGGGUUUUCUUAUCAACUUUCUACAGAGGAUAUUGGUGUCUUAUUCAAUAAUGGUUCUACAGUUUUACGUUUGGCAGAUGCUGAAGAAUUUUGGUAUAUAAGUUAUGAUCAAACUGAGGGGUGGGUAGCAAGUCAUUAUCUUUUAUCAGAAAGACCAGAGGAAUUAGCAAGGCAUUUGGACAUAGUGGAUUUUUUUGCAAAAUAUAUGAAGGCUAAUUUAAGUAGAGUUUCAACAUUUGGUAGAGAAGAAUAUCACAAAGAUGAUGUAUUUUUAAGAAGGUAUACAAGAUAUAAGACGUUUGUUAUGUUUGAACUAAGUGAUGGUACUUUUCAAUUCAAUUUCAAGGACCAUCAUAAGUUAGCCAUCUCAGAGGGUGGUAAGCUUAUUACAUACAUUUCACCAUCACAUGAAAGUUUCACUUACCCAUUAGUUGAAGUUUUGAAAUAUGGUACUAUACCAAAUUUCCCAGAGAGUAAUUUAAUGGAAAAAUUACAAUUAAUUAAAGAGGCAUUAAAACAAAAAUCAUCGAUUAUUAAAGUAGAUUAA